UUACUUAGUGAUAUAUAUUGCUAUGGUUAAGUGCUGUGAAUUGUAUUAUAUAUUGAAUUUGCUUUUAUUGUAAAUUUACUUGCAGGUAUAUUGCAUUUGCCUUUGUUGUAAAUUUACUUGCUAUUAAGAAUACAUAAUGUCUAUGCAAUUUCAAGAUGAUGCAGAUGGUAUAUCUCCUCCUGAGGCUGAAAGUAGGAACGAAAGGCCCCAAAGGAUAAAGCACCCUUCAGCCAAAAUGCUAGCCCAUCUAAUAGACGAAAAGGAGUUCCUCCAUGUGAGGUUAGGUUCGGCAUGGGAGCGCAUCACAACAUUGAUGGGCAGAAUAGAGAGCUUGGGUAUUACAAGGGUGCCAUCCAUAUUACAGACAGACCUCGAAGAGACCUUCGGUCUUUGGAGGGGUUUAGUGUCUAAGAUAGUCCAGGUCCUCGAGCGCAUUAACGCCAAGGAUUCAGAGUUAGAAAUAGUGAGUGUUUUAGCUGACACUAAUGAGAAAGAAAAUAGGGUGAGGGCAAUCCUAGCUUCCUUAUGCAGCCAUGAGACCAAUCUUUUAAAAUCACCUGCUGUGGCACUUAGUCUUAAGUCCAACCGCUCUAGCCAGGUAUCUAAACUAAGGGAGCGUGCAUCGUCUAAACACAGCCACUCUAGCAAGUCUUCUGCUGCUGGGAGUGCCAUCUCUUCCCUAGCUGCCUUGCACAUUAAGGAGGCUGCACGUCUGGAGCUACAGAGCAAGGUUGCGGAGGCGGAAGCUGAUGCAAAAGCAGCUGACCACACUUUCCACCUUAAAGAGGAGGAACAGCGACUCCAAAUAGAACAGGCCCAAAGGCAAUGUGAAAUAGAAAUGCUUAGAAUAAGGAUGGAUGCUACUGCCAAAAAGGUAAAAGCUGAGACUUUGGCCAAGGUCCUAAGUGGGCAACUCACAGAAGAAAAUGUAAGUCAGUUGCCAAUGCAGGACCCUUCCUCCAAGGUGCUUGUGCACCUUAAUAGUUUAAACAGCCAGCUUUCUGACGAGGAACAUGAAGACUUCUCUCUUCGGUCAGAACAGGGCCCUAAAGUUGCCUUCGGGUUGCCUAAAGUUCAGAGCAUCAUAGCGGGGAGCUCGUCUUUGCUCAGGUUGCCUGUGCCUCCUACUAAGAUUCCUGAACAGUCAGCCAAACCAUCAAAGCCUACCACCAAUUGGGCCCUACAAGCAAGUCCAAAGGGAACCAUCGGUCCAUCUACAGACGAUGUCAUCCCUCCAAAAGACCAAAGGUCGACGCAAGGAGUAUGGUGGGAUUUCUCCCCACAGCAGCCAACGCUACACUUGUUCCCAUCGACGCCAGAAUCCCAACUCGUCUCGAUCCUUAGAAGUCCCAAAAGAGACCUCAAAGACAAGGGAGUUGAAAAGUUUUCAGACAAGCCUGAAGAGUUCCUUCUCUGGAAGGUUACCUUCAAGAGGGCAAUUAGAGACUUAAAGUUGUUGCCUGAAGAAGAGCUGACCCUGCUAGGCGCCUGGUUGGGUCCAGCAUCAUCUUCUCAAGUUAAGAGAAUAUAUUCAGCCCAUGUAGCUGAUCCCGACAAAGCCUUGGAAAAGGCCUGGGACAGAUUACAUCAGCGGUAUGGAGCUAGCACGGAGAUUGAAGCAUCUCUAAUGGACAAGCUGCAAAGGUUCCCAACCUUAAAGCUCAAGGACUGCAAGCUCUUGUGGGACCUCAGUGAUCUUCUUGCAGAGUUAGAGUCGGCCAAGGAGAAUCCAGAGUUGCCUGGACUGCAGUGCCUCGAUCAGCAUCUGUCCCAGCGGCAGAUUCUGGACAAACUUCCCUUUGCCCUGCAGGAAGACUGGGGGAAACAGGUUUUUAACUACAAGGAGGCCCAUUCUCAGGCGUACCCACAGUUUUCCCAUCUGGUCCAGUUCAUCACCAGAGCGGCCAGGGAAAGGAAUGAUCCACAGACGGGCCUGCCCACCUUAUAUCAAGGGAUCCAUACAGGGAAGGCGCCUGAAGUGGACAAGAAACCACCUAGAGAGGCCAAUAGACCUGUCAGCGUAAAGGCAGUCGAAACUCAACACAAGACUGACAAAACCAGGUCAGAAGUAAAGGAGGUGCUCUGCCCCAUUCACCAAAAGCCUCACAGUUUGGCCAACUGCCGGGAAUUUGGCAAGAAGCCUUAUAAAGAAAGACAACAGAUUGUACAGAAGCUGGGCAUAUGUUUUAGGUGCUGUGGAGCAACUCCUCACUUUGCUUCCAACUGCAAAGAGGACGUCAAAUGCGCAAGGUGUAACAGCCUUAAGCAUUGCACCGCGAUGCACAACUCUGACGCUGUCUCCCGCGCCAAAGGGGACACGUCUUCCAAAGAAGGGUCAUCUACUGAAGCCACCAACAUGCAGACCGCGUCACGGAUGCAGGAGGAUGCUCCAUCGGUCGCCUGUACUGAACUAUGCUCUGACGUGCACCAGUUCAGAGUCUGCCAUCCCAUCUGCCUAGCAGAUGUAUAUCCAGCCAGAAGACCUUGGCUUAAAAAGAGACUCUAUGUGGCCCUAGAUUCACAGAGCGAUGCCUCCCUAGCUACUCCAGAGUUCUUCCGCAUGUUUGACCUUAAAACCAAGAUGGUCAAUUACACCAUGACUACAUGUGCAGGAAAAAAGAAGUUGCAGGGUCGCAUAGCAUCUGGCUUUGUUGUCUCCUCUUGCGACCAGAAGAGACAGUUCAAGUUGCCAGACCUGAUUGAGUGUUCCUCCAUCCCUCGGAACAAAAAACAAAUUGUAACUAGAGAAGUUGUGGAGGCUCAUCCACAUUUGCGACGGUUAAAGAAUGCCAUACCAGCCUUUCAGCCAGAUGUGGACAUUGCCCUUUUGCUUGGCUCGGACUGCCCGAGCUUGUUCUGUGUGAACGACCAAGUUAAAGGACCUCCAGGUGCACCUAUCGCACAACAAUUGCCAUUAGGCUGGACAGUCAUAGGCCCAGUGUGCAUAAACAAGAUGCACCCACCAUCGUCGUUGGACUCCAAUCAAGCACAGGUGCUUAAAGGUGGACGUCCUACACUUGUGCGCAGUUGCCUAAGUCACAUCUUAGUCUACUGCCAAGGAAUAACUCCAGAGUAUUCCUCCACCUUCAAAGUCUCUGAGAGAGACGAAGCCAUAGCGCUCUCGAAAGAUGAGCAAAGGUUUUCGGACAUUAUGAAUGCUCAAGUCUCACGAAGUGCAGAGGUGAAAGUUUGCAAGAUGACCACAGAAAUCAAGAUGGGCCAAAGAUCUUGCCUGGAACCACACCGUUUUGAAUGUUUUUCGGAGUGGCACAGUCUUCUUAGAGCAGUUGCUAGGCUUAUACAUCGUUUAGCUUGCAAAGAUAGUGAGCCUUUACAGGUCCAGGAUAUGAUAAAGGCUAAGAGCGUCAUAUUCAAGUCAGUACAGAGAUCUGCUUUCAAGCAGGAAAUAGCUAGGCUAGAGCAAGGGCUCAACAUCCCUAAUCAAAGUCUUCUAAAUGAGUUAAACCCAUUUCUAGACAAGGAGGGUAUUUUGAGAGUUGGAGGAAGGUUAGCCAAAGCUAAACUCAAGGCGUGCAUAAAAAACCCCAUCAUCAUACCCCCUAAUAGUCACACUGCAUUGCUGCUCGUUCGGCAUCACCAUGAAAGGAUCCAUCAUCAGGGUAGAACUCUAACUGAGGCAGCCCUUAGAAAUGAAGGUCUGUGGGUAGUUAAUGCCAAAAGGUUGGUCAACAGUUGUAUUUUCAAAUGUGUUAAAUGCAGGCGCCUUAGGCGAAACUGUCAAAGUCAGUUGAUGGCAGAACUACCUCAGGAUAGGACUUUGACAGACCCACCCUUUUCCCAUGUGGGAAUCGAUGUGUUUGGUCCUUGGGAGGUUGUCACUAGGAAAACCAGGGGUGGUGUUGUAAAUAACAAGAGGUGGGCAGUUUUGUUUACUUGUUUAGUAAUACGAGCUGUCCAUAUAGAAGUCAUAGAAGGGAUGGACACUUCAUCAUUUUUAAACGCAUUAAAAAGGUUCAUAGCCCUCAGAGGUCCAAUUAAGUCAAUUCGGUCGGACUGUGGCACCAAUUUUGUAGGUGCGACCAAAGAACUCAAUUGUGUGUCUAGGUUUGGGAGAGACCCAAAGGUUCAGAACUUUACGAAUACUGAACAAAUUAUGUGGACUUUCAAUGUUCCUCACGCCUCCCACAUGGGUGGUGUUUGGGAGAGGAUGAUUGGUAUUAGUCGCAAAAUCCUUAAUGCCAUGCUUUUGAGUCAUAGGUCAUUGACGCAUGAUGUUUUGGUGACACUUAUGGCGGAAGUUACCGCAAUUAUCAACAACCGGCCGCUGGUUCCCCUUACCAGUGACCCUGAGAACUUACAACCACUGACUCCUGCACUUAUUUUGACACAAAAGGUGCCAGGAUGGAAGGACAUCAUGUUGCCAGUUCCGGACGGAACUCACUGUGCCCUGUGGAAACAGGUGCAGUCCUUGGCCAACCACUUUUGGAAAAGGUGGAAAGCUGAGUACUUAAGCCAGCUUCAAACCAGAAGACUAGCAAACCCCAAAGGACAAUGUCAAGGUGGGAAACCUUGUGUUGCUAAAGGACAAAGACUUGCCCCGCUAUGCCCGGCCUAUGGGCAUUAUACUAAAGACCUUUCCUUGCCCUGACGGUAAGGUUAGAAAAGUUCAGGUAAAGACUCAUAGUAAGGACAAAAUGUCUGUCCUAGACAGACCAACCAGCAAUCUCGUGUUGCUUGUCCAAAGUGUGUAAGUUUUAUACUGUUUUAUUGUUGUGUAUACAAAGGUGUUUGUAUGUUUUUGAGUGGUAAAUUCCCACAUCCUGGGAAUUUAAGCGGGGAGUGUUCCGUCCCCCAGGACGA